AUGUCCUCCUCCGCACCACCCGUCCUCCCCGUCGCCACCAUGCCUCCACCACCACCAUCUACCGUCCCUAACACUGGAUCCGACGCUCCCGCCAACUCCCCCGCCGUCCGCGUCCUCUUCAACAACCUCUCCGAGUCUCUCCGCCACGGCCUCGCCCUCCGCCGCCCCUGGACAGAACUCAUCGACAGAUCUGCCUUCUCAAAACCCGAAUCCUUCUCCGAAGCUACUCUCCGUGUCCGCAAAAACUAUUCAUACUUCCGUGUCAAUUACUACGCGAUCGUCGCCGGAAUCCUCGCUGUCUCUCUCCUGACGAAUCCGUUCUCUCUCAUCCUCCUCGUCGGCCUCCUCGCCUCCUGGACGUUUCUCUACCUCUUCCGUCCCACCGAUCGGCCUCUCGUUAUCCUCGGCCGCACUUACACCGAUUUCGAAACCCUAGCGAUUCUCUCUGGACUCACUGUUAUCGUUGUGUUUCUCACCAGUGUUGGUUCGGUUCUCGUCUCUGCUUUGAUGCUUGGUGUUGCUGUUGUUUGUAUUCAUGGAGCAUUCCGUGCACCAGAGGAUCUUUUCCUUGAUGAGCAAGACAAUUCUCAGACUACCGGAUUCCUCUCGUUCCUCCGCGCUCCUGCUGCUGCCGCUGUUACUUCCGCCGCCGGACGCGUUUGA